GUAUUGAACCUCACUGGUGCAUUUCAGUGUAGGAAGCUCUGUCUGUCUACGUGCCUUUCACCUCGUACUACCCCUCAUCCUGCCUACAUCAGCCGGGCUCACAGGAUGCUGCGCUGAGAGACGUCAAGGACUUCUUUGCAACAACAGGUAUUUGAGAAAGCUGAAAAAAUGAGUGGAUUUUUCCAGCUGUUGAGAAAGAGAAAGGAGCUGAUCCCUCUGGUCGGGUUCAUGGCUUUUGCUGCAACAGGAGCUACCUCUGCUGCGAUCUACUUUCUAUUUACUAAACCUGAUGUAAUUUUGAAUAAGACCAGAAACCCAGAACCAUGGGAGAGAAUAGACCCAACAAAACCCCAAAAGCUCAUCACCAUAAAUCAGCAGUGGAAACCAGUGGAGGAGCUGGAGCUGGUGAGGAAGCUCACCAAGUAAAGAAAAGGCGGGCAUCUGCUAGAAAGGUCCACAGUCUGACUACCUGUCUGCCCCCCCAUCAGUCUAACAGAAUCCUUUCUGCACAAACUAGGACGCUUUGACACUCAGUGUGCGGAAAUGCUUCUGCUCCACUGGUGGGGUUUCACCCUGCUAAGCCCAAGGACGCCCAUCCACAGCAGUAGAAACCGGUGGUAACAGAUAUAACUCAUACUGUCAUGAAGUCAAGGUGAAAAAAGACUUAGUCUGGAUUUGUGUGCGUAGAUUUAUAUUGAAUAAACUGCAUUAAUGUGACAGGGCAGUUGGUAGUCACUGCAACCCAGAUACUCUUACGAUAGAUGUGAAUGUACGAUUAUGUCUGAUGUCUGAAUAUGAAGACACAAAAUGUAAACUGAGUAAAUAAUGUACUGUACAGUGUCAAUAAAUUAUUAUUGUGAUCAGA